ACUCAAGAAGAAUUUUUUGAGCAGCUGGGAAACUCGAAUAUGUUGCUUCUUAUAAAUAUCAAAUGGUCCGGUAAGGUAUGUUCUCGCUGCAGUUUCGAUUCCCCCAGAACGUUAUUUGAUCGAGGUAGGUGGUUUGAAUUGAUCAGGAGGUACUCUCAUUACAAUAACAACAGCUUUAGUUUCAGUUUUGGUGUACUUAAUUUUUGUUUACUUGUUCUAAAUGGGUUGAUUUCUGCGCUGAGUUCUGAACAUGAGUAUCAUUUUAUACUAUUACUUCCGGACACGAGCAUGUGUUGGUGUGUUAGAAAUGGUACCAGUGGUGAUGAUCGCAAGUUCUGCGAUGCCAUGCUGCAACAAGUUAUUGUUCUCUGGAAGAUGUUGAUGCUGCAAGUGACGAAGCAGAGUGCGUUUGACAGUGGUUAUAUAUUGCUUGACAUUGAGUUACAGCUGAAAUAUGGUUUAUUCAAAAUGCUUGGUUUUGAAAUGGGGAUUCUGAGUAGUGCACAAAAUCUCUCUGAUCAGCUGUGUGUUAGAUAUGUCAGUAUUCCGAUACAAGAAGAGGCUGGAGAGGGUUUCAUGGAGAUGGAUUCUUCGCAGGUUGAUGAUAGUGGAGGAAUCUUAGCUCGUGCUUCAGGUUUGACGACAGAUUCUUCUUACCCUUUGUACUGCAUGAUGUUUAUGAGUGUUCCAUUUCUUAAAAUUAAGUUUGAGAAGAUCAUUGCUAGUAGUGGUAGGCAGUUACUCUUGUGUGACAGAAGUAAGAGUGUCGACAAGAACUUAGUAGUGGGUCAUGUAAUAAUCUCUGGACCGCUACAAGUGCUUCAACUGUUAUCUCAACACCAGUGGCGUCAUAGGAAAGUUGAACAAGAUGUUGUUGAGGGUGCCGAGUUAAAUAAGCAGGAACUCACGUUCAAGACUCAGUGGGAACUAUUCAUAUUCAUUUCAGCCUCAUGUGGUGCUGGUGAAGAAGGCUGGAGUAUGUCAGAGUUUACGUCUGGUUUGAGAACAAGUUAUUUCUUUCUCUUGUAUUUCUGGUUAUGCAAGUGUGUUGCACACUGUAGAGUUAAGUUUGAGGAGACUGUUCUGGUAGAGUGCAUGCAAAUAAAUUGUAACAAGAUAGGCGUACAUAGAAAUCAAGUAAUUGUUUCUCAGUGUGACCAGAUAGUGAAGAGAAGACAUGUCAAAUUUACAAAUAAGACAGAGCUCGAGUUCAUUAAAGGAAGUUUAAUGUUGAAACUGUUUGAGCACAAUACUUUUGGGUGGAAAUGUCAAGUGCUUACUACCACAACAGAGCGGGCUCUAACAGAACCUGUUUACCUUACUGCAAAAUUUCAAAGACUGCCAACUGCUUUAAGUAUGUUACUUGACUUGCAUAACUCAGUUGUUGCUCGUAGUAAAGCGCAGUUAUUAUUGAUUGUGAGCAAUAAGAGUGCGGUCCAGAACUUGGAAGUGGGUAGUUGCGCAACUCAUAUACUGCAACUGUAUAGACUUGUUCCUUUGUCUCGCAAUCAACAUUACAAUUCUGGGGAGCUCUCCACAUUUAUUGGCACGACUGUAGAAGGGAAAGAAAAGGCUGUCAAGUCCAUGGUGUCAAUAGGUGCAGGUAUAAUUAAAGAAGAUAUGGAGCAGUUCGAAGGAAUGACGGUUUGGCAGAAUAAGUUUAGCUCUGAAGAAGGGUCUCUUGCAUUCCUCAACUGGUUGGCCGUACAGUCUUGGCUGUAUGAUUUGGUUUUAUUCAGGGCGUUGGGAUUUGCUUCGUUGUUCUCUGUUGUGUGCAGUACCAGUAACAUGAGUUGGAUCAACCUGGUUCCAACAACUCGCAUUGCAGCAAUCCUCCUUAUUACCAGGUAUGCUGACUGUUUAAAUAAACACAGAGACACCAUAUGGCCUUUAUAUCAGUUGUGCUCAUGUGCUUAUGGAGUCCUUGCACGAGAAGAAGACCUGAAGAUUUACUUGCAUGCCUCAAUUGGUAAUGGAGAUCUAUUCUUCAUGCUGGAAUGUGCUUAUACAGUCAGUAGCAUGGCUACUAAGACCUACCAAGCCGUGAAGAUGAAGAGAGUAGGCUUGCUUAAUGAAAUUCCAGGAUUGAGGUUUGAGCUCAGUAUCUUGUGGGCCUUGAUGAUGAAAUUUUUAAAGGACUCAGUUCUGAUGCUUAUGAGAAGAAGCUGCCAGAGCUAUGAAUUCUAUCAAGAGCUCAACUCCUUUUCCAUAUCCUCCAUCCUUGAGGACAAGGAUGAUUUGGAGAGGUGGGUAUUUGUCAUGUCCCUAGUGUUAGGGUAAGGGGUAGUCGUUGUUAUUCCUUAAUACCGAGAGGGUAGUUUCGACAUUUUAUUUGUGAGUAACAUUUCUGCUAUUUAGGCCGGGAGGCAUUUUAUUCCUGAUAAUCAAUCAAUUAAGAAAUGUAUUAACCUUCUUCCCUAAAUUCUUCUGUAAGUUCUGUUCCUCUCUAUCUAUGUCUUAUUCUUCCUCU